AUGUCGACUAUUGAGACUGUGAACUUGGAGGAGACGACGCCAAUCAUCCCUAAGACCUGCAAGGCUGGAGUGGUCGUAAAUUCUGGCCCUGACUUUAGCAUUGAGGUUCAAGAUGUACCUGUGCCUGAGAUUGGACCUGAGGACGUGCUCAUCAAACUUAAUGUCACCGGUCUAUGCAUGUCUGACGUUCACUUCAUGAUGGAAGACUGGGGCAUGCCACCCAUGUCCCAAUUUGGCACCAAGUGUGCCGGCCACGAAGGCGCAGGCGUCAUCGUCAAGGUUGGAGAAAGAGUCAGGAAUCUCAAGGUUGGGCAAAGAGCAGGACUCAAACCCAUCCAAGAUGUCUGCCACACAUGCGAAUACUGCAAGUCUGGUAGGGAAACAUACUGUCUUGGUGUCGUAAUGACUGGUCUCCACAUUGAUGGCUCUUACAAGCAGUACAUCGUUUCUCCUGAACGCUACACUUCGCUCAUCCCUGACGCUGUUCCGGAUGAGAUCGCUGGGCCCAUCAUGUGCUCUGGUAGCACUGCAUACACAUCCAUCAAGGAGUCCGGUCUUCGCCCUGGCCAAUGGGCCGUCUUCCCUGGUGGCGGCGGUGGUGUCGGUAUGCAGGCUGUUCAACUGGCUAUUGCCAUGGGUCUCCGAGCUAUCGUCGUCGAUACUGGAGCCGAGAGAAAAGAUGCAUGCCUGAAGUUUGGCGCAGACGAGUUCAUCGAUUUCAAGGAGGUCGAGAAUCCUGUCGAAAAAGUUUUGGAAGUCACUGGUGGUGGCGCUCAUGCCGUUUUUGUGACUGCUGUUCAAGCAUACCCUACCGCACAAGGUUACCUUGGUCAUAGAGCGGGUGCUCAAGUCAUGUGCAUCGGGUUGCCACCUGCCGGCAAGUACAACAUGGAUGUCAACCCAUCAACUCUUGCCUUCCGCAACCAGUCCGUCAAGGGCACACUCGUCGCUGGCAUGGCUGAUGUGGACGAGACGAUGGACUUUGCUCGCCGAGGAAAACUUCGUCUUGAGCCCACGGUCGUUGGUCUUUCGAAGUUCAACGAGUCUGUGCAGAAGUUGAAGAACGGACAAGUCGCUGGUCGAAUUGUCGUCGAUUUUAACAAGGAGUGA